UCCCUCUCAUCUCCACAGGUUUCCCAGAAGAGAAUGGGUGUGAGAAACUGUUCCACAGUGCCCGAGUUUUUUCUUUCAGGAUUAACUGACCAACCAGCCCUUCAGCUGCCCCUUUUCUGCCUCUUCUUAGGGAUGUACAUGGUCACUGUGGUGGGAAACCUUGGCAUGACCUCAAUUAUUGGGUUGACUGAUCAACUCCACACCCCCAUGUACUUUUUCCUCAGUUGUUUGUCUUUUAUAGAUGUCUGCUAUUCUUCAGUCAUUAUCCCCAAAAUGCUGGCAGGGUUUUUAUGCAAAGGUAAAAGGAUCUCCUAUUCUGGAUGCAUGACUCAGCUGUUUCUCUUCUGUAUUUUUGUCAUUUCCAAAUGCUACAUGCUGGCAGCAAUGGCCUAUGAUCGCUACGUUGCCAUCUGUAGCCCACUGCUCUACAACGUCAUCAUGUCCCCUCGGGUCUGCUCUCUGCUGGCGGCUGCAGUCUUCUCAGUAGGUUUUACCGAUGCUAUGAUUCAUGGGAGUUGUAUCUUAAGGCUGUCUUUCUGUGGAACAAACAUCAUUAGACAUUAUUUCUGUGACCUCGUCCCCCUUAUUAAACUCUCCUGUUCCAGCACUUCCAUUGAUGAGCUUUUGAUUUUUGUCAUUGGUGGAUUUAACAUGGUGGCCACCAGCCUGACAAUCUUCAUUUCUUAUGCUUUUAUCCUUUCCAACAUCCUCCGCAUCAGUUCUAAGGAGGGCAGGUCCAAAGCGUUUAGCACCUGCAGCUCCCACCUGACAGCUGUGCUUGUAUUUUAUGGCUUUAUCAUGUUCAUGUAUCUCAAACCCACUUCCGGCAGUUGGGUCACCCAGGAGAAAGUGUCCUCAGUGUUUUACACCACCGUGAUUCCCAUGGUGAAUCCCCUGAUAUAUAGUCUGAGGAACAGGGAAGUGAAAAAUGCACUGAUGAAGCUCUUAAGAAGAAAAAUAUCUUCAUAA